CGUCGCUUUAGCCUGAUAACUCAGGAUAAAAACAUAGGGGAUGUUUUCGUAUUAAAUAUCCAAGAAUUAAAAAAAAUAUUUCCGAUAUAGCCUCGACUCUCUCCGGUCGACUCGCCGGUUAUCUCCCUGUUCCUGUCAGACGACUGAGAGGAAGCUAAACUGCGACUGAGAUGGAGGAACCUGGUGGUACUGGAGCAGAGUCUGCGGCUCCGUCACCAGCAGGUGCAGCCAAGUCAAAGCUGGACACACUGCCCAAAGAUGACCUUAUCAAGUUUGCCAAGAAGCAGAUGGCUGCUAUGCAGAAGAUGAAGGGCAGAUGUGCAGAUUUGGAAAAAGAAGUUGAAUCCCUUAAACAGCAAUCCAAAAACAACAACAGUUCAGAUGAUGCAACUCUGAUACAGGAGCUGACUGAGAGGAUGGAUGCCUUACUGCUGGAGAAGGCAGAAACUCAACAAAGUCUUUCACUAUCUCGAAGAGAUCUAGAGAGGACAAAGCAGCAAGCCAAGAGUGAUGUAGCAAUGCUGCAAGGAGAGCUUGACCGUGUAAUAGAAGAUUACCAAAAUAAGAUCAAGACCCUGGAGAGCAGCAUUGAGGAAUGUAAUGGCAAACAUCAAGAAGAAGUGGCUCAUUUCCAGAAAUUACUGAAAGAGCGAGAAGAAAGUGACAGAAAGAGGGUCAGCGAAAGAGAGAGAGAACGCCUGGCUGAGCAUGCCAGCGCAAAAGAGAUCGUGGAAGAAGUCCGCUCUUGCUUAGAAGCUCAGCUUGAAAGCCUUCGAGCUGAACUGGAAGCUACGACGGAGAAAAAAUCCCAGGAGAUGGCCGAGCUGCAGGAGAGCCACCAAAGGGAGUUGACAGAGGCCCAACAAGAGGUGGAGAACCUGAAGGAGGAGUUGAAUCAGAAGAGUCUGCAGCAUGAGGAGGAGAUGAGGGUUCUGGAGGAGGACUGUGAAAUGGAGAGGGAGCGUCUCCUGUUGCUCCAUGAGGAGCUGACUGAACAGCUCGCUCUCAAAGACAGCUUCCUGCAAGAUGUGCAGGAGGAAGACGAGGAACCUGCCCGUGGUUCAGGGAUCGCCAAAAUGCUGGAGCUCUCAGCCCACAGUCAGGGUGACUCCAUCCAUAUUGAUGGAGAGGAGACAGAGACCAGAAGACUGAGAGCAGCUCUGGAGGAACUUCAAGCCCAGAGCACCAUGUUACAGGACGAGCUCACCCUGCUCAGCAAUGUGAAGGGUGAGCUCGAAGCAGAGCUGGAGAAGACCAGGGAAGAGUUUCAGAUGGAGAGAGAAGAGCUGGAGUUCAAAAUCAACGAACUACAGAUGAACCGGGAAAGUGCUCCCAGUGACCGAGCUGUAACGCUGAACCAGCAAGAAGUCCAAGACGAGUUUCAGCAACAGAGUGAAGCAGAAUCAACAAUUAGUUCUGGGGACCCAUUGAAUCCAGAGGAGCUGAGGGCUCAGUGUGAGGCCGUGACCAGAGAGAGAGACUCUGCCGUGGCUGAGUGUCAACACAUGAGAGACAUACUGCAAGGCGUGGAGACAGAACUGGGUGAGAAGACGAAACAUUUUGUUCUCCAGUACAAUGCCAUGAAAGAGCAGGGCGCCAGUACUUUACAGGAACUCCAAGACAAGAUGGAACAACUUAGUCUGGAGAGGGAUGAACUGCUGGUGAGGGUGAGAGAGGGCACAGAGGAGAACAACACUCUGAUGAAGAACCUGGAAGACCUGAAGCUGAAGCUUGAAGUUUUGGCAGGCGAGGACCAAAAACUCCAGACGUCUGUGAAGGAAAAAACAACUUUAGCGUGUGAGCUGAAGCAAUCUGUGGAAGAACUGACCAGGCAGAACGAGGAGAUCCUCUCACAGCUGCAGAUGAAGGAAAACAUGACUCAAGACCUGAAAGACAUGGUCAACUCGCUGACUGAAGAGCGAGACGAAUCACAGUCCAAGCUACAGCACACAGAACAGGAAAUGCAAAAGCUGAACAACGAGAGAGCAAAAGAAAUCCAGAAGCUGCUUGAGGAGAAAGAGAAAGAGGCACAGUUGUACAAAGAGGAGAAUGAGAAGGCGCUGAAAAGCCUGAAAGAAGAGAGGGAGGACGAAGUGCAACAUUUAAGAGUGGAGAGGGAACAGCUAAAAGAGGAGGUGGAAAGAAGACAGGAGACCGUUUCUGCUUUAGAGUUGACUCUCAAAGAUCUCUCCAUAGAAAAGUCUGAACUCCACCAGAAAAUGGAAGAGGCAUCCUCUGCGCUUUCAAAGGCCCACGAAACAAAUGAGCUUUUAGGCUCCAAGCUGGCAGCCCUGGAGACUCAGCUAGAACAGGAGACAUCUGAAAAGAAUCACUUGGAGACAAAGUUGAAUUGCCUUGCAGAGGAGGCAGAGCAGACUCGCGCCACUAUCACAGCUCUGCAGGAAAAUCGGUCGGAAGCACUCGGAAAUUCCGCCAAAGAAGUUGAGGAGCUCGGAGCGCGCGUCGAUGAGCUGGAAAAGGAGAACCAUCUGUUGAGGAGUCGUCUUGAGGAGGCUCAAGGGGUAAUGGGAUCAGAGGAGGUGGAGAAAGAGCUCCAGGCUCGUAUUGCAGACCUGGAACAGGAGAGGAGCAUGUUGAGGAGCAACCUGGAGGAGAUGGUGAAGGACACAGAGGGGCUGCAGAAAGACCUGGAGGACAUGAAGUCAGUCAAUGAGAAGGUCAAUGAGGAGAAUCAGAGGCUGCAGGCUCACAUUUCUCUGAUGGCUCAAGAGAAAGAGGAGAAGGAGGAAGGGCAGAUGGAGAGAGAGAUGGAAAAUAUGGAGGAGGAGAGAAGAGAGCUCAGAGAGCAGCUAACAGAGAAGGAUUCACUCAUUUCUCAGUUAAGAAGCGAGAUUGCUGCGAUCCAGGAGUCAUCUGCUCAGUCUGCCUCUGAGGAAAAUGCAGUCAGUGAGAUCACAGAUAAAAUAGCUCUCCUGGAGAAAGGACACAAAGAGAAAGAUGAGAAGAUGAACAAAAUCAAGGCAGUUGCCAUCAAAGCAAAGAAGGAGCUGGAAACCAGUAAGAAAGAGGUUGCAUCCCUCAAGGAAGAAGUGGAGUCACUGAAAGCAGAGAGGGAGAAAGUGAACAGCUGUAUGAAAGAUAUCAUUCACAGCGCUGAAGGCUACAAGAACCUGCAGAUAGAUUACGACAGGCAGACAGAGCAACUGGAUAAAGAGAGAGAGAAGGCGGAGGAGGCCGAGAGACAGAUUGCUGAGCUGACCAAACGACUCAGCAGUGCUGUCACACAGAAGGAGACACUGAGCAGUGAGAAGGAGGAUCUGCUGGCCAGUGUGGAGACCCAGAGGAACAUAGUGAAGCAACUGGAAGCCCAAAACCAGGAGCUGCAGAGACAGUCAGCCAGUCUGGACAAAGACCUGAUGGCUGAGAGAGCGAUGAAAGAACAGAAGAUCAAGGACUUGUCAUCUGCCAUGAAGGAGGUUGAAGAGCUGACAGCCCAGCUCCGCAAGCAGCAGCAACAGUCUCAGCAGACUGCCCAGGAGCUGGAGCAGCUACGCAAGGAGGCGCAGCAGAACUCCCUGCUGGACAUGGAGAUGGCCGACUACGAACGCCUGGUGAAAGAGCUCAACGCCAAACUUGUAGCGAGAGAUGAGAGUGCUGAGGAGUUAAAGGCUCAGAUAAACACACAGACCCAGAGGGAGGACACACUCAAACAGGAAAUCGAGGCUUUGAAGUCCCAGCUGGAUCAGGGGGAGGAGAAGACCUCCAAGAUGAAACAGCUGCUUGUGAAGACCAAGAAGGACGUGGCCGAUGCCAAGAUGCAGGAGAGCUCCCUCAUGAUGCUGCAGGCCUCUUUGAAAGGAGAGCUGGAGGCUAGCCAACAGCAGCUAGAAAGUACUAAGAUUGAGGUGUGCGAGCUGACGGCUGAGCGCCAUCGCCUUCAGGAGCAGCUGAGGUCGGCACUGGAACAACAACAGAGAACCAGCAGCUCCCUGCAGCAACGCAUCAACACCCUGCAGCAGGAGAGAGACACUGCAAAGGCUGAGCUCAUGGCAACAGCUGGCGAGUUUGAGGGUUACAAAGUGAGAGUCCACAAUGUGCUCAAACAGCAGAAGAGUAAAACCACAGCUCAGAGUGAAGGAGACUCUGGCAAGUUAGAGAGGGAGCACUUGUCCUCUCAGGUAGAGCAGCUGAGGUCCAAGCUGGCAGAGAGCCAGCAGAGCCUCCAGAGCAGCACGGCAGAGCUGCAGCAGCUCCAGACUGAACACGACACUCUGCUGGAGAGACACAACAAAAUCCUCCAGGAAACCAUCAGCAAGGAGGCUGAGCUCCGCGAGAGGCUGCUGUCGGUGCAGUCGGAGAACGUGGCUCUGAGGUCAGAUCUGUCCCAGGCUCAGACUGACCUGUCUUCCCAGAUCGAGGCUCAGCGCCAGACCUACAGGGAGCAGCUGAGGAAGCUGCAGGAUGACCACCGGGCAACAGUGGAGACUCUGCAGGGCCAACUGACCCGCGUCGAGGAGCAACUCUUCAACCUGCAGAGCCAGAACAAUUCAGUGGCGGUCCCGUCCGUCCGUAAGCCCCUGACGUCAGACCCCCAGCGCAGAAACACAGAUCAGAACCAGGCAGGGCUGAACCUGAUGGCCCUCAGUGACCUCCAGUCCAUGGCCAGGGAGGAGGGUGAAGGCAUGGAGACCACUGAGACUGAGAGCCCCUCACCUGCUGCCACGCCACUGCCCUCUCUGGAGCAGCUUCUCAUGUCCCCGGACCCCAAACAAGAGCCGUUUGUGUGGACGGUGGAGCCUACCAAAGAGGAGCUGAGUCAGAAGCUGAGUACAGCCACACGCAGUAUGGAGCAUAUGAACAGCCUCCUGCACGAAACUGAGGCCACCAACGCUGUUCUCAUGGAGCAGAUCACUUUGUUGAAGAGUGAAGUGCGUCGUCUCGAGCGAAACCAGGAGAGGGAGAAGAGCGUGGCCAACCUGGAGUAUCUGAAGAACGUCCUGCUGCAGUUCAUCUUCCUGCAGUCUGGCAGCGAGAGGCAGGCGCUUCUGCCCGUCAUUCACACCAUGCUGCAGCUCAGUCCAGAGGAGAAGAGCAAACUGGCUGCUAUUGCACAAGGUGGGGAAGAGGAGUCUGGGUCUCGGGGCUCAGGCUGGACAUCUUAUCUCCACAGCUGGUCUGGAAUCAGAUAGGCUUAAUGAUCAACUGAAAAAAAACAACAAAAACAAAAGGAGCACAGCGCUUAGAUGUUACUGGUCCUUUUUCUGUGAAAUAAAUGUACUAAGCAGUGAUGCUGUACAUUUGAAAUAGUGGCAUAUGUAGGAGGUUAACUGGGGCAUUUACAAAAUUAUGGGCACACAAUAGAGGGGAGCUAAAGAUGUAUCAGAGGAGAAUGAGGAAGUUUGUGGUAGAGAUUAAACCAAAACAUAUGACAUAAAUAUUGAUUUUUCAGUGCAAUACUUACAUAAGUCUCUUACCAAUGAAAGUCAACUCACACAUUUCUGUCUUCCUCUGUUGACACGUGUAUUUAUAACAAUAUUCACUGGACAUGAAGGUAACACUUCCUUGAAGUGAUACUCAUAAGGCAUUAUAAUGCACCAUGAAAAACAUUGUAUAAUGUGCAUAAUGUGCACACAUUGUGAGAGGAGGAAUUAAUCAAGGGAUAACUGCGUAGUGAGUGGCAUGAUAUAACUUUAAUAUAAUUUUCAGAUGUUUGAUUACUUUGCAAGAUUUUACUUGCACUUUUCUUGGGCUUGGACUGUGUAGCACAAUCUGUUCACUACUAUAGUGGAGUUUUAGUUUAUUUGGUAAAAAUUAGAUAGGCUUUCUUUCAACAAUUUUAAAGGGUAUGCCUAAAUGGUGAAGAUUUUUGAAUGUGAUUUUACUACCUAAGAGGCGGACUGUUUUCCAUUCCUUGCAGUGUGAAAAUUGAAAUGAAACUUGCUUAAUACAUCUGAGUAAACAUUUAUUUUUUACUA